GGACUUUGUUCUGUAGUUUUUGCACGGUGUGUGCACCUCGUGAUGCACCACAAACCUCUACUGGGCAUUGCUCUGAAUGGACCUAACGACUCGUCCCUAACAAAGGUGUAGUUUGUGCGAGUGUGUGUGACUGAGAUGGAGACCAACCUGCGGAAGUCCCAGUCCCUGAGGUGUGUUUCCACUGAGCAAGCCCUGUCCUGGACGGAGGCGGGACUAAGAGACAGGAAGAAGUCCGUCUCUCAGCUUGUGGCACAGUAUCAGAAUGCAGUUACUGGGAAAACGAAGGCAGCCGAUUCAGUGGGAAACAAGCAAAAGACCCUCCAGUUUGCUGCGAUCCCCAUCACAGACAUUGAGAUUAAAGAAUGCUCGAAAGCUUGGGCUGAUGGUAGCUCCAGCACUCAGCUCACACGCAGCAAAUCGAUGGAGUAUCUUCCUCGACAAAGAACCAUAAGCACAAGCGCUCUCAGGGAACUCUUUGAGUCAAAGGUUGCCAUGAAGCCCAAGAUUCUUCACAAACCAAAGAAUAGCGAAAAGCCGCAAGGAAGCUCAGGAACGGAGAACGCUGGGCUCAAUCAUAACAGCACUGAGGAUCUGCUGGUGUUUAUAGAAACAGACAACAGCAAGAAAUCAGCUGAACCAACGAAACAGAAAGAGGACAACUUGACCCCAAAGGUGGUGAGCGCUCCUCGAGUGGAAAGAAGAAAAACCUUUACAGGAGUGAAUACUGAAAGAAUUGUUACUCAGUCAGAAGAUAAACGGAAAUCAGUGGCAGACUUCAGAGACAGCUCCACUCUGUAUGGACGGGAGAAGUUCCCUAUUUCUGUCAAAGCCAUCUCCGAACUAUAUCUGUCUAAAGUGGCAGCUGCAGAGCCAACGGGGAACCUUUUAAAACCAAAGCAAGAUUGUACUUCUCCAACCAAAGCAAAAAAUUUCAAGAUGGCUGAUGUGACCCCGAAAGACUUUGAGCAAUCCCCAUACUCGGAAGAUGAUUCAGCACAACCGGAUCCAUCCUCUCCCUUCCCGCAAGUCAAUUCCAGGGCUGACAGCCAGUCACCCAUUCCAACACCUCUUCCAAAGGAGGUUAUCUCUACACUGUAUGAGCAACGACAGAAAUGCGAGUUGAGACGACUCUUGAAGCACACCUGCCCUGAGCUGAAGGGCCUGGGAAACAUGGUGGAGGAGGAGUUUGCUGAUAUAUUAAACUCUGGCAAUGCCUCAGAUAUCGCAUACCAGGGUGAGGUCCAGUCAAGGCGUUGGAUAUUUGAGAACGGGACUGUCAACACAGAAGACUCCCACAAGCAAACACAUUUGACGGAGAAGAGCAUUCAAGGAGAACAUGCAUUUGAACAGCUCUUGAAUUGCUUUAAGGAAGAAGGUUCUAUACAUGGCAACAAACAGCAAACCAUUCAUCCAGAGAUUGAUGACACCCAACAAAAAGUUGGGGAAUCUCUUAGUCAAGAGGAGAACUUCAGGGUAAAUGUUAAGGCCAAGCGAAAAAUGUUUGAAGGUCAGUUCAUUGAAACGUCAAGAGAGGACCUAGAUGAUGUCUAUCCAGGGAGGAUUGUUAUCUCUGAAGAUGAAAAAGGAGCAGUACGAAAGCAAAAGAGGGACUUUGAAACAUACCAACCUGAAACCAUCAAAAGAAACAGCGACCUUAGCAUUAUAGAUAUUAAAGACGUAGAUCAAGAUUCUGGUGAAGUAUAUCUAGGUAUAUCAAGAGCCAAAGAGGUUUUUGAAAAGGGGUUUGACAGUGAGAACAGCUCCCCACCAAAUGAGAACGUAGGCAUAGAAGAGGAAACUCUUAAGACAAAUGUAAAGAACAGAACCCAUAUGUUUGAAUCGACACCUCUGGACCAAAUCAAUUGGCAAAAUGAUGCAGAUUUGGACGCUGUGGACAAGAACAUGAACAAAUCCUUAACUUCUCUUUAUUGCUUUAAUGCCAUUCAUUCUCAUGGAGUCCUUCUUGAAGCCAGUGAGGCUGGGCAUGUGAGAAAGGCAAACUACAGCUUUACGCAGGAAAACGGUCCAGAAAUUCAACACGAGGAAGUGGUUAUGGGAAGUAUGAAGAGUAUUAUUCUUCAGCUUUUGGCAAGAGUAAAUCUUAACCCAGUUAUAGCCUUCUUAAAAGAGGAUGAUCAAGGAAAUGUGGAAAUCAAAAAUCUAGACAUACCAACUCACCAACUACCAUUUACAGUUAACCAAGACAAAGAAUACAGAACCACGAACAUGGUUCAGGUCAUCGAAGACCUACUUGGUCAAGAAACGUGUCUCGGAAAAGGAGUUUUGAUACAAGAAGAAGCAACAGGAUCUGUGGAGACAUUAGUUUAUGUCCUUUUUAGACAUGAAGGAACUGUGAUGGAUCAAAAUUAUGAAAAUAUAUUGGAGCCAAAAGAAAAGAAUCUCCUGAUAAGUGGAAAAUGUGAAUCUCCCCCCAAAAUGUGCAGCCCACCACCUUUUACUGAGGGUGAUGCCUCAAUUUCAGUCAGACAUGAAAACAGGAUCAGCAAUGUCAAACUGGUCCAGAAUUGCAUUGAGAAUGGAGAUCUGGGAUACUUAAAAAGUCUUCAGAAAAGUCUAUCGGAUGAAGAUGUAAGUGGCACAUCUAGGCAAGGGGAGCAAGAUGUUGUGAUUGCACCAGGUAAUCUUAAGAUAAUCAAAGCAAUGUUUGUUUCAAAUCCAGAGCAUGAUGGGUCAUCAAUGCAGUCUGAGAAACAUGGCCACAACAAAUUAAAAAACAAUAUGGAAAUGGCUGCAAAUGGAGAAUAUACUCUAUCAACUGAUGGAGAGUUUGGACAAGCUAGUGUUAACAGUGUAGAUGAACCUGGCAGCAGCUUAUAUAGUCAAGAUGGAAAAGACAUGUGCAGUGAAAAAACAGGUAUUUCUAAAAAUAUCACUCCAGAGGUAGAAGGAGUUGACAUGGUGGAAGAUGAAGCAUUGUCAAACCUUCAAGCAGCUAUCAUGAGUCUCCAACAGGCCACACUGGAGGCAAAAGCUCUUCAACAAAGUGUUUGUGAGAAACAACAUGAUGCCUGUCUGGCACCUUCAGAAAACCAAAACCUCACAGGAGUCACAAAUGACGAGAGCAAAGAGUCCUCACAGAAUUUUGAAGCUGAACAGCAAGAAGAAGGAAGAGAAGAGACCCUGAAAGGUAGUGUCCAGGCAGCUCUGGAUUCUCUGAGCAAAUCAAGCUUUAAUGUCACCAAAGGGGAUUUUAAAGCUGCAAUGAUUUAUAGGAACUCAGGAAAAACAAUAAAAAUGGAGUCUGCUGUCAAACAGAGUGAUGAUAUGAUUGUCCACUCUGAAGGGCUCAAAGCAUGCCGACCUUCCCCUCUGCCUGGACAGGUGACUGUCCAGACACAGCAUGAGGGUGCUGAAACUAGACUAUUUCAAGGCCAGCCUGCAAAUAAACCAUCAGAAUGCUCUCCACUGACAGACCACACAUACGGACAGGGCUCUCUUCAGAAAAGUAAAAAGCCUCCUGGACCUAAGCCAGCCAUUCCCCCUAAACCAGACCAUUUAAAGACAAACCCUAGCUCCAACACAAUGGCCAUUAAAACUGCAACCAAUGCAGGAGAUCUAAAUAAAAUCAAAGCUGAAUCAAAUUCUGUAGAACAACAAUGUACAGAACUCACACAUAUGAAACCAACACAUUUCUUGAAAGAAUCACAUAAUAAUGGAGAUACUGAAAUACCAGCCGGACAUCAGGAUCUUGUAACCAUGAGCAGUUCUGAGGGAAAUGUAGCCACAGAGGAGAAGACAGAGAGCUCUCCAAUGCUUGAAACAAGUGGGGGUAGUUCAGGGUUUCAGGCUUCCCUGCAAAACUUUGGGAUAAAGACAGGCCAAGUAAUGCCACCUGUGAAACCCAAAAGAAUCAAAAUGACCACAGAUAGGUCUGCUGCUCUUUCGGAGUCUAACUGCAAACCAAGCAAUGGUGAACAAAAGGAACCCCCAGAGGGCAACGUGACAAUGAGGCAAAAGAAAGGUAGAAGAGAGAGUGAAGCAGAACGACGGCAGAGGCUAUCAGUGCACAUGGAUGAAAUCAUGAAGGGAAAUGCAAAUGCAGCCAUGGAAAUCUUCGACAAGCUGAGAAAGCAAGAAGAGCUGAAAACUAUCCUUUCUAAGGUUGAAGAAAUUGAAGGAGAGGCCAGUCAGGAAGAUGGUGACCUUAGAAAGAUAUUUGAAAGUGUACCAGAUUGGGUUGUGCCACAAAAACAUUUAAAUCCCAAAAAUGGGGCGAUGGUAAAGGAAGUCAGGAGACCUGAAACAGUCUGUGAAUCUGAAAUGUUGUCCUCCAUGCAGGUAGCGUUCGGAGACCUUGAGAAAGCAAGUGCUGCAAUCAUUACUUUAAAAGAACAAACACUGUCAAGACUUAUGGAAAUAGAGGAAACCAUUAAGAAAGCGCUUUACUCUGUCUCUACACUAAAAUCUGACUCGGACAUUGUAGGACUGUCUGGUCUCUUCAAGGAGUCCAUGAUGGCUGGCCAAUAUUUGCCCUUCUCAGGUAAUAUACGGAAAAUCAGCAUCGGGUCAAGCAAAUCUCCAAAUCCUCAGAGUCUGAAUUAUGUAGGAGUCCCUCAGAAAAGUGUGAUGGCAGAACCAGAAAUGCAGAGAGUAGAGAAAUUGAAGCCAGAUCUCAGUCCUCCAGAAAUUAAACCAAGAGCAGGAUCUCCUUCCUCACCUUCUUUUAUUUCUAUCCAAUCCACUGCCAGAAAGAACACAGAAACAGCCACACCUCCAAAAUCUCAAACCUCCAUAACAGCUCUGACUUGCUACAACAUUCCUGUGGAAAAGGAAAAGCGACAGGUCAGUACGCUGGAAGUGCAAACAGUCCCUAAGGCUGAAACGGUCAUCGGUACCAAGACCAUCAGAGAGAAGUAUGAAGAAACAGACUGUUUUGGCAACAAGUUCUACUCUUCCACGACCUCUACUGUCAUGACCACUCAACCUGAUGAUCAAACAUGCUUCAGGAGACAGAUUAUGACCAAUCCAACCACUACUGAAGUUGUUACAUAUCCAAGAAUCAACACAGCCUCUAUUAAAGGGGGCCAAGCACCAUCUUGAGCAUACUAUAAGAAUAAGGAUAGCAAUUAAGAAAUCAAAUGUUCUUAGAAAAGUUUAGUGGAUCUGUUUGGUUGUAUAAUUAGACUUAAAUUCUUACACAAUGUUUUCCUUACAAGUUUCUUCAAGGGAUCUAAGGUUGGGUUAAUAUUCUAGUGACCUGAAGAAGCUACACUUGAGGACUUGAGGCAAACUAUGAGGAUGGCGUUAAAUGAUUUUAUAUGUAAUGUGGUCAUUCAUGCCUUAUUUAAGUUGUUUAGUUUUAUAAUUAGUUCUUGAGGGGUUCCUCAAAAGGUUCCUGAGGGUGGCUCUGGAUGGUUUAACAUUGUAGCAUCUCUUAUAAGUACUAUUGGAGACCUUUACUGGAAGAUGAAUCUCUAGUUGUAGGAUUAUUACAGUUGUAAUCUUUGGAGGUUCUACCAGUGGACCAUUUCCAGGACUAGAAGGAAGCUUUUUAUGGAACCACAGAGUGUCUUUUAGCAUAGUGAACAGAAACUUAAAGAUAUAUAUAUAGAAAAACACAGUAUUAUCUAAUCUUUAAUAUAAGACUUUAAACACAGCAAUGUUACAUUAGUUUUUGUAAUUUUAUACUGUAAUGGCUUUCACAGCGUAGCCGUUUGUUCACUUUUUUCAUUCAUCUUAGCUCAUUCCAUAUAAUCAUGUUGUGAUAGUCAGCUGACGAACAGACAUUCUUUUUAUGGUGUAAAAUAAAUGUGAAAAUUAUGAUAAAUGUGAAAAAUACUAAUAAAUUAUAAGAACUGGAUAGAGAACCUUGUUGCUUUAUGGGCGGCUCAACCACAUUAAGAUUAUAUUUUCUGAUAAAUAUAUAAUUGGUGAAAAGUUUGGGUUAGUAUCCCCAAAGGUUUUUAUAUUAUUAUUUCUAUAAUUCCGUCUAAUCUUUAUACGAAUCAAUAGCACAUGCUAAUGGCUUGAGAGACUCCAAAUGAAACAG